UCGGGGUUCCCAGGAUGUUCUUUUACCUGAGCAAGAAAGUCGCCAUUCCCAAUAAUGUCAAGCUGAAAUGUGUAUCUUGGAACAAAGACCAAGGAUUCAUAGCAUGUGGCGGUGAAGAUGGAUUACUGAAAGUUUUGAAAUUAGAGACACAGACAGAUGAUGCAAAACUGAGAGGUCUUGCAGCCCCUAGUAACCUUUCUAUGAAUCAGAACCUUGAAGGUCAUAGUGGUUCGGUUCAAGUUGUAACAUGGAAUGAACAAUAUCAGAAGUUGACUACCAGUGAUCAAAAUGGGCUUAUCAUUGUUUGGAUGUUAUAUAAAGGCUCUUGGUAUGAGGAGAUGAUCAACAAUAGAAAUAAAUCAGUGGUUCGAAGUAUGAGCUGGAAUGCUGACGGACAGAAGAUCUGCAUUGUGUAUGAAGACGGGGCUGUGAUAGUUGGUUCCGUGGAUGGGAAUCGCAUUUGGGGAAAAGACUUGAAGGGUAUACAGUUAUGCCAUGUAGCAUGGUCUGCAGAUAGUAAAAUCCUACUUUUUGGAAUGGCAAAUGGAGAAAUACACAUUUAUGAUAAUCAAGGGAAUUUUAUAAUGAAAAUGAAACUGAAUUGUUUGGUGAAUGUCACUGGAGCAAUCAGUAUUGCUGGCAUUCAUUGGUACCAUGGCGCGGAAGGCUAUGUGGAGCCAGACUGCCCCUGCCUUGCUAUUUGUUUUGACAAUGGGAGGUGCCAAAUCAUGAGACAUGAGAAUGACCAGAAUCCCGUUUUAAUUGAUACUGGCAUGUUUGUCGUAAGUAUCCAGUGGAACCACACUGGCAGCGUGUUAGCUGUUGCAGGCUCCCAGAAGGUCGUCACUCAGGACAAAGAUGUAAACACUGUGCAGUUUUACACUCCAUUUGGUGAGCAUUUGGGUACUUUGAAAGUUCCUGGAAAGCAGAUGUCUGCACUAUCUUGGGAAGGAGGAGGACUGAAAAUUGCACUAGCUGUUGAUUCUUUUAUAUAUUUUGCAAACAUUCGACCUGAUUAUAAGUGGGGUUAUUGCUCCAAUACUGUAGUGUAUGCUUAUACCAGACCUGAUCGUCCAGAGUAUUGUGUUAUCUUUUGGGAUACGAAAAACAAUGAGAAAUAUGUUAAAUACGUAAAGAGUCUCAUUUCUAUUACUACCUGUGGAGAUUUCUGCAUUUUGGCUACCAAAGCUGAUGAAAAUCAUCCUCAGGAGGAGAACGAGAUGGAAACAUUUGGUGCAACGUUUGUACUAGUUCUUUGUAAUUCUAUUGGCACACCUCUGGAUCCCAAAUAUAUUGAUAUUGUACCAUUAUUUGUUGCAAUGACCAAAACUCAUGUGAUAGCAGCUUCAAAAGAAGCAUUUUAUACCUGGCAAUAUCGCGUGGCAAAGAAGCUCACAGCAUUGGAAAUUAAUCAGAUCACACGGUCUCGGAAAGAAGGGAGAGAAAGAAUUUAUCAUGUUGAUGAUACUCCUUCCGGAUCAGUGGAUGGGGUGCUUGAUUAUAGUAAAGCCAUUCAAGGCACCCGGGAUCCGAUUUGUGCCAUAACUGCAUCUGAUAAGACACUGAUCGUGGGCCGUGAGUCUGGCACCAUUCAGAGAUACAGUCUUCCUAAUGUUGGUUUGAUUCAAAAAUAUUCCCUUAAUUGUCGAGCCUACCAGUUAUCUCUGAAUUGUAACUCCAGUCGUCUUGCUAUCAUAGAUAUCUCAGGAAUUCUAACUGUCUUUGACUUGGACGCUCGGGUAACAGACAGCACAGGACAGCAGGUCAUUGGCGAGUUGUUAAAAUUGGAGCGGAAAGAUGUCUGGGAUAUGAAGUGGGCCAAAGAUAAUCCAGAUUUGUUUGCGAUGAUGGAGAAGACAAGAAUGUAUGUUUUCAGAAACUUGGAUCCUGAGGUAAACACAAGAAAUGGGCAUCAGCAGUACGUAAAUAAUGAGCCACAUAUCAAAACCUGUCUCUUUCCCUUUUGUUUCCUUAAGAAAUUUUUUGGUGUUGGCUGCUGA